AUGAUUAUUAAAAAAAAGGAGAUACAACUAUUGACAUUAUUAUACUACUCAAAAAAAUUACAAAUUAAAUCACUUAUUCUUUCUGAUGAAAAAUCUAUUAAAGAAGUUUCAAACACCUUUUAUUUAAUCAAAAUUUAUAAUUUGUUUUGUUCUUUUAUAAUAGAUAUAUACUUCUCAUCUAAGGUUAAUUUAAUUAGGGUGACACAAUUGUAUUUUGAUUUUUCUUCAUUCACUCAAUUACAAGAAAUCCAAAUUUAUUCUAAGUACUCAAUUAAUUAUUCAACUUCACUUACAAUACUUAGAGAUUGCUUUUAUUUAUACAUAACGUCAUUCCUAUUCCAUAAAAAUAUAACGAUAAUUCAAAAUGAUAUGAUAUAA